AUGUUUCGCAAUGACCUGCAGGAGAAACAAAAAACCGGCAGUAUUACCAUCGACGAUAUGGAUUCGAAAGUACUCAAGGAAUUGCUGAAUUACAUGUACACGGACCAGAAAAUACCCCAAGAAAUGGCAGCAGAUCUACUUGUGGCAGCCAAUAAAUAUGCCCUGUUGGGUUUGCAAGAAAUGUGUGAAGAUAUGUUAAUCGAUACAAUGACUACGGACACUUUGGCUGAUAUUCUUCUUCUGGGCGAUCGCCAUGCUAGUGAACGCGUUAAAUCAAAGGCUGUUCAAUUUGCAAUAGAAGAAAUUAAAGCCGUCUCGGCAACGGAGAGUUGGAAAAGAUUGCGAGAAAUCCAUCAUGAGUUAUGCAUGGACGUUUUGGAAAAGUCCAUACAGGAACGUUUGUAG